AUGGGAUGCUGGUUGAAAUAAUGAGGUCUUACCAAAUUGAGCACGACGUAUUACUAAACAAGUUUAGUAUGAUUGAUUCUUCUUGCCUCGCCAAUUUAGGAAGUUGUAUUAUUGUUUAAUUAAAGUGUUCUUAUACUGCGUUGGCUACAACUCUGAUAUCACCAGAUAUAAGAAAUCUGGAUGUAAACAAGAACGGAUGAGUGCACGUAUUUCCUGAUAAUAAGCAAAAAUUAACUAUGGGAAGAAAUUGGGGAACUUUGUUAAUUGAUUGAGCAAAGUCUUGAAUGAAAGCUUCUUGCAUGGACUUCCUCAGCCCGAAUCAAAACUAAUUUCAUGCUUCUCUCUCUCUCCUAAUCUCGCCUUUAUCUCUAAAUACAUCCCCAAGGCGAUCCACCUCUCCGGCUGCCGGAAUAUAAUGUCCGGCCGGUCUUCUUCCCCCGCUGACGUCCACUGUUGGAUGGUUUACCUUUUCUAGUCAGAAAAGCAUUCAAUUAAAGCCACAGACCCACACCAACCAACCACAACACCUUCCUCUUUUUGUUGCUCCCGUGCAAAAAGAACUUCCAUUUUUUUUUUAUUAUUAUUUUCUAAUGCUACUGCUAUUAGUUGUGGAAUUCCGUUUCUGAGUCGUGCUAAUUUUUCCCACUUUGAAAAGUGUUUGAAAAUGGAGGGUGCGGUGGUUUGCAUGAAUGGGAUGUGCGCUUCAUCAGACUCCAUCGAAUGGGAAAAGGGUUGGCCUUUGCGAUCCGGUGAUUUUGCCUCACUCUGUCAUAAUUGUGGGACUGCCUAUAAAAAUUUAGUGUUCUGUGAAAUGUUCCAUGGAGAGGAAACUGGUUGGAGAGAGUGUACUUCCUGUGGGAAGCGUCUCCAUUGUGGAUGCAUUGCUUCUAGUCCAUUUCUCGAGCUACUCGACACUGGUGGUGUAAUUUGUAAAGGCUGUAGCAAAAGUUCCAAGCUUCCUUCUACACCAUCAGAAGAGAAACAAGAAGAUGAUGGCAAUGGUCGAGAUUUGGACAAGAUGGUGGCAACACAACUGGGUGAUGAUGAUAAAAAGGAGUGUGAAGAACCCUUGCCGCCCACCUGGAAUGUAAAUACAAUUCAGUGGAAGCUGGAAGAUGAUUAUGCUGGUUCAGCAGAAACAGAUUAUAAAUUGUCAAGCUUGAAUAAGUCAUCAUCUGCAGGACCAUGGAAAACUGUACACAAAUCACUAGUUCAGACAAAUUUGAACAUUAGCUUGUCUGCUUCGUCAAACUCAAAUACAUUUUCUGGGUUGAUCGCCGAAGAAAGGGAACUAAGCAGCCCAAUUUCUUCCUUUGCACAAGGGUGCAGGCCCCGCAAUCUCUUACCUAGGUUACCAAAUUCUGUUCUUGCACCAGGGCUAGAGUCUAGCUCCAGUGCUCUUUCACAGUUACGCGUUGCAAGGCCACCUGUGGAAGGAAGGGUGAAGAACCAGCUGCUUCCACGAUAUUGGCCUCGGAUAACAGACCAGGAGUUGCAGCAGAUAUCUGGGGACUCAAACUCUACUGUUGUGCCUUUAUUUGAAAAGGUUUUGAGUGCCAGUGAUGCUGGUCGAAUAGGUCGUCUAGUUCUACCUAAAGCAUGUGCCGAAGCGUAUUUUCCGCCUAUCUCUCAGCCCGAGGGCCUUCCAUUGAGGAUUCAGGAUGUAAAGGGAAAAGAAUGGAUCUUCCAGUUCCGUUUUUGGCCGAACAAUAACAGCAGAAUGUAUGUGCUGGAGGGUGUGACCCCCUGCAUCCAGUCAAUGCAACUACAAGCUGGAGAUACCGUUACAUUCAGUCGUAUGGAUCCUGAUGGAAAACUGCUGAUGGGGUUCCGAAAAGCAUCAAGCAGUAUCUCUGUGCAAAAGGGUUCGCAAUACUCAAUGACUGGUGGUGGUUUUCAAAGUGAACCUAUUAUAGGAAAUGCCGAAAAUCUACCCAUAAUGAGUGGCUACUCCGGCCUUCUUCAGUCGCUGAACACGGGCAAGAGCUCUUCCAUGACCAUGUUGUCUAAACAUCACGUCUACACUGGGAAUAUGAGCCGCUACAUGAUCGAGAAUAAUGCAACCAAGUCCGGAGAUAAUCCAUUGCUUCUUCCAGAGCAGAAAAGGAGGAAUAUUGGGGCUAAGAGUAAAAGGUUACUUGUUGAUGGUCAUGAUUCGUUGGAACUGAGACUGUCGUGGGAGGAGGUGCAGGACAUGCUCCGCCCACCACCCAGUGUCAAGCCGAGCACCAUCUCGAUUGAUGAUCAUGAAUUUGAAGAAUUUGAUGAACCACCCGUAUUUGGGAAGAGCAGCAUAUUCAUUGUUCGUCUAUCUGGGGAGCUUCAGCAAUGGUCUCAGUGUGAUAACUGCUUCAAGUGGCGAAAAAUACCAGUGGAUGUCCUUCUCCCCCCCAAAUGGACAUGUCAGGACAACAUUUCGGUUAGAACCUCGUCAUGUUCAGCCCCGGAAGAGUUGAGCUACAGGGAAGUCGAGAAUCUUGUCAGAAUGAACAAGGAAUUCAAGGCAAGAAGAGUUUCACCAAGCGCUAAAGAUGCAGGGCACGAGCACGAUCCUCGGGACCUCGAAACUCUGGGAAAUGCUGCAGCAGACAUGAAUGAGCCAGGUGCUUCUUCGGUUGCUGCUGCAGCAACUACUAAGCACCCGAGGCACCGCCCUGGCUGCUCCUGCAUUGUGUGCAUACAACCUCCCAGUGGGAAGGGCAAACAUAAGCCCACAUGCACGUGCAACGUCUGUAUGACCGUCAAGCGGAGAUUUAAGACGCUGAUGAUGCGCAAGAAGAAACGGCAAUCAGAGCGUGAAGCUGAAAUUGCAAAGAGGCAUCAGUUUGCUAAGGAGGAGGCAGAGGUUAACAGCAUCCCCACUCAGUUGUCAUCACAAUUUCUUGUCAAGUCUGAUAACACUGCAGAUCAGAGCGCAUGCCAGUCGGAGGAAAAUGCUGGAAUCAGUAAGGGGGAAUUGGACCUAAAUUCAUGUCCGGAUGUAGAUCACACAGGCACAGGCACAGCCACAGCCACAGCACCACUGCGCAUCAGCAUGAUGAGUCUUCUCCAACGGGCCAGUCUGCCUCUGGACACCUACCUGAGACAGAAAGGUCUUACAAGCCUGGUAUCCGAGGAACAAGCAACUUCUUCAUCGCUUGCGCUUGCACCGCCCAUGGAGCACACAGCGCAGGCAACUGUCGGUUUCCAAGAGCACGAGGAGGAAAGUGCCGGUGAUUUAUCUGAAAGAGAGAAUGAGACAUGCUGAGCAGUGAGCACGAGUAAAGAAUAUAUAUACAUAUAUAUUGUGUUUAUAAACAUACAUACACACAUACAUAUGCAAAGAAUCAGGGGUUUGUUAAAUCUCCUCAUCUCACAAUAUUCGGAUUCGGCCUUGUCAAGAUGACAUUCUAUUGUUAA